AUGUCCAUGGGCCUGGAGAUCGCGGGCACCUCGCUGGCCGUGCUGGGCUGGCUGUGCACCAUCGUGUGCUGCGCGCUGCCCAUGUGGCGCGUGACGGCCUUCAUCGGCAGCAGCAUCAUCACGGCGCAGAUCACCUGGGAGGGCCUGUGGAUGAACUGCGUGGUGCAGAGCACCGGCCAGAUGCAGUGCAAGGUGUACGACUCGCUGCUGGCGCUGCCGCAGGACCUGCAGGCGGCCCGCGCCCUCAUCGUCAUCGCCAUCCUACUGGCCGUCUUCGGGCUCCUCGUGGCGCUCGUGGGCGCCCAGUGCACCAACUGCGUGCAGGACGACACGGCCAAGGCCAAGAUCACCAUCGUGGCGGGCGUUCUCUUCCUGCUGGCCGCCCUGCUGACACUUGUGCCGGUGUCCUGGUCGGCCAACACCAUCAUCCGGGACUUCUACAACCCGUUGGUGCCGGAGGCUCAGAAGCGCGAGAUGGGCUCCGCCCUGUACGUGGGCUGGGCGGCGUCGGCGCUGCAGCUGCUGGGGGGCGCGCUGCUCUGUUGCUCCUGCCCGCCGCGCGACAAUUACGCGCGGACCAAGAUCGUCUACUCGGCGCCGCGCUCCACCGGGCCGGUCACGGGCACCGGCACGGCCUACGACCGCAAGGACUACGUCUGA